AUGGAACAUCUUAUGGACAACCUGGAAGAUGGGAAUACGGCUGCUGGUGUUUUCUUGGACCUGAGCAAGGCUUUUGAUAGCCUUGACCAUGCAGUGCUUCUGUCCAAGAUCAUUUCCCUAGGGUCAGUGUUGGGACCUGUGUUAUUUGUACUUUCCACUGGUGACCUGCCUGACUACUUGGGGAACCACUGUUACCCUGUCUCUUAUGCAGACGACACAGUUUUAAUAAGCAACAGCAAGUCAGUUCCAGGACUAGAAAUGAACACCAUAACAUCUGUAAAUAUGGCUCAGGAAUACUGCCUUAGGAACGAUUUAAUUUUCAACGCAUCAAAAACAAAAUGCCUUACUUUUGGUAAAAAUAAGGAUGAAGUUCAUGCUCCACCCAACCUUGAAAGAGUACGAACCACAAAACACCUUGGGGUAGUGAUCGAUGACCGGUUGACUUGGAACUGCCACAUAGACGGCUUAUGCAAAAAACUCAGCUCAGCACUCUUUGUGCUAAAGAGGAUAAAAUCAAUUGGUACACCUACUGCAACAAGAACCGCAUACCAUGCUCUGUUUGAGACCCACAUUCGUUAUGGUAUAGUACUAUGGGGUGGAUCAUCUGCAGGGAAUCUCCAGCGAGUGUUGGUUUUACAGAAGCGUGCAAUACGAAUCAUGGCUGAUCUAGACUUUCGAGAUAGCUGCAAAGAGGCUUUCAAGACCUUGGGAAUUCCUACAGUGAUAACUCUGUACAUUACUGAAGUGAUUCUACACGCCUACACACAACGUCCCGAGAGGAAUGGUGACAUCCAUGAUUACAACACAAGGCGGGCCAAUGACUUCAGUCUUCCCUUACAUCACUCAGCUCUUUUUUGCCAAGAAGCCGUCUUAUGCUGGAGCGAAGCUUUAUAA